UGUAUCAUUCAAUCCUUAACCGUCUGAGCAGCUAUACGGCAGCAGCAGUCAGCCUAGACCGAAAAACACAAAAAUACAGUUUUCCAUUUAAGAGAAAGUGCGUUCGCCGCCGAACUACGUGAAAGUGUAGUGUGGAUCAACAAAAGGAUUAUUCAAAGAACCCAAAUCGUUAAACGUGCAAGAACAAAAACCAACCAAACAAAAACGCAUAAUGGCAAGCCAUAAAGUUACUUUCGGUGUCUUGUGUCUGGUCGCCUUGAGCGCCGCCCUUCCGGCUGAGGAGACGCGCGGCCACGCCCGCAACGCCAUCGGCGGCGAGAACGACAUUAUGGAUAGCAUCUACAGCGACUGUCUGCGCAAGGACUCCGUCUCGUGCGUCAAGUACAAGCUGUUCAGCUUCGUGGACAAGGUGCUCGGUGCCCGUGACCAGUUCGCCCUGACCGAAGGUGUGACCGUGGUCCGCUCGCCAGACGCUCCCCAACAGGAGGCCGCCCGCUCCAUCUCCGGCGACGAGUCGUUCGAGUCCCUGGCCCUGAACCGCAUCAGCAGCUUCCUGAACUCGCACACCAUCAAGGUGGAGCUGAAGGGCGCCGACAUUGUGCAGGCUGUUAGCUCCACCGGCCGUGCCCUCGAGGAUGCCUCCGAGUCUCUGUUCGGCUCCAACGACCCCAACGCUCCCGAGGAGAGCCGUGGCAAGAAGAAGAAGGCCGCCAAGAUCCUGGGACCCAUCCUCGCCCUGGUUGCCCUGAAGGCCGCCGCUCUGCUGCCCCUGCUGUUGGGCGCCAUCGCCCUGAUCGCCGGAAAGGCCCUGCUGAUUGGUAAGAUCGCCCUGGUGCUCUCAGCCGUUAUCGGCCUGAAGAAGCUGCUGUCGCAGGAGAAGCACGUGACCUACGAGGUGGUGGCCCACCCACACCACAGCAGCAGCCACUCGACGAGCCACGACUCGUACGGCAGUGGCUACAGCGCCGAUGCCGGAGCCUCCUCUGCCUCGUACGGCAGCAGCGGUCACGGUGGCUGGGGACGCUCCAUCGACGCCCAGGACCUGGCCUAUGGUGCCCAGAAGCCCGUGCAGGCCUAAGAUCACACUGGAUCACACCACACAAUCACUUAAGAAGCAAAAUCAGAAACGCGAAAUCACACGACUUGAGCUGCAGAGCUCGCCCGCGACUCUCGAAGAGAAACACACAUUAUUUAUCGUUCGUUUUAAUUAAUUUAUUAAUUUAAUUUAUUUUAUUUAUUUCUCCAAGCAAUGAAAACGAAAAAGAAUGAACCACACACACACAAGAUAAUGUUAAACCGGACAGACACCAGAAUCAGAACCAUAUAUGUUAGUUUUUAAACUAAUGACGCUAAAGUUAAGUUUGUAAAAAGAGCGGCCAGCGAGAGUUACCCCACAAGUUGCAAAUACUCAGCCUUAAGUCUAAGCUCGCACAGCACUUCCAGCACUACCCAUCAGCCAAUCGAUCACCCAACUGCUCUAUAUCUAGUGCACUCUCAUCUGUCAGUUUCUACACCUAUACCUCUAUCUACAUCUACAUCUCCAUCUAUUUCUGUUUCUGUCUCUCUAUUUCUGUGCUUUCAUCUAAAACUGCAUACUGCCUAUACCAAAACUCUGCCGAUUGCCAUGCAAUCGCAGAAAAGUACAAAUCCUAACUCUUUAAUCUAUAUCUGUACGCUCUAUCUCUGUCUGUUCAACUAUGUUCUUCACAUGCAAUUCUAGUCUUACAAUACAACAACACCAGCAACAACGAGCAUGCCUACUAUUAGCUUUAACUUACUAGCUCUAACUCUAUGACUAUCACUAUCUAUCAAUCUAACUAUCUAUCUAUCAACUGUCUAUCAUCUGACAAACUUCCACAUCUUCCUUCCAUUUCUCGCCUUCAACUGAGUCAUAGUUUUGGUCAUUCGCAUGCCAUCACUUGCCAUAGGUCUCCGAAUACACAUCGCCGCACCAAACUGAACUCAUUUUCCGGCUCUAUCUCAGGGCCACUGUUUCCUCACUCGACACUCGACACUCGACUUCCACUUCGACUCUUCAACUUUCUCAUUUCUCCUAUCCGCCAUCUCUUUCUGCUGCCUUUGCAUCUGUCACUUUCUAGCGCUCUACUUUCCCAAAAAAUGAAGUAAACCCCACUGCCACUCACACAUGCACACGCCCAGUGAUUCCGCGUAAUGUUAAAAGUAUUUUUUUUCAAUAUUUUAACUCCUUAAGCGUACUCUAUGCAUCCGAGCGACUCGAACGGCUUGUCGGCCCGAUUGGCGUCGGGCUCACCUGCUCUGUGGACCUAAACAGAUUUUUAAUUAUCAACUUAAAAAUGCCUCGUUUAUGACAUUUGGAGAGCCCUCUAGCCAGCGGCUACAAGUUUCGAGUCGCCAGCACGUCGUCUACUUUAAUUUAAACAAUUUAAGCAAAGUCGUACGGCGAUUUCACAACUUCUAACUUUAUAACUCUAUAAUUCCGGCAACAGUAGUAAGAUGAUGAUGAUGAAGACGAAGAAGAAGCGUGAAGCUGCAGAUGUGGGCAACUCACACAGAUCACAAAACUCACUCACAAAAGAAUGUAAAUUCCAUAGAUUACAAUCCCCACUCACUGUCACAUAUGCAUGUCAUUAAACACAACAAAAUGAUGAAAACAAAACACAAAAAAAAAGUUGAAAAACA